AUGACGGCAAUUGAAGAUCUUAUGUGGAAAAGAGCUUCAAGCUCUGAGCUAACUCAAAGUUUGGAAGUUAUCUUAUCCCGAGAGGACUCAUCAAUUUCUCAGUUACUUGAUAACGAAAACGCAGCACAAGAAUUAAAAAAUAAAAAUCCCAGGAUUAUCCAAUAGUGAAUUUUAUGUAGCCUUAAUAGUGCAAGACUUGUUGAAUUGAUUGAUAUGAUAGUGACUAUUCCUUCAGAAGACUCAACUGAUAAAAGGAAAUUCAAAUAUCCACUUGACGCUUCAGAGCUGCUUUGUAUAGCUGCUUCACCUCUGCAUGAUAAAAUCUUAGCAGAUGAGACUAUUUUAGAUAAAAUUUUUUCGAUUUUUGAUGGGCCUGAUAUAAACGAUAUACUUUCAGGCUAUUUUUCAAAGCUAGUGAUAGCUUUAAUAAGCAGAAAUCCAAAGAUUAUCCUUAAAUAUAUUUUUGAAAAAAAAAUUGACAUCAAGAUCUUGCAGUUUAUCUAUAUGAGGAGUAUGGCACAGGUUGCUCUUCAUACUUUACAGCUUGAAGAAGAUUUAGAGGAUUUAUGCUAAAUUAUAUAAGCUGGGUAAUAUAGGAAUAAUAGCUGACUCCUUAUUUAUAUAGUCUGCUGGGGAAAUGAAAUCUGUAUUUUGUAUGUCAAAUCUCUUUUAGCAUGUGAAAGUUAAGAAUAUAUAGACUUUCACAUGCCAAAAGAGAUUUGCUAUACAAGAACUAAAAGAUAUUAGCCUAAAAUUAUAUAAAAAAACUAGCCAAUUACUAUCAUAUUAAACUAUUAAUCCGCAUAAAUAUGCAUAUUUUUAGAAGAAAGGUCAAACUUAAUAUCUGAUUUAGUAAAGCAACUGAAUAAUUCCAAUAUUUUUUCAGCCUUAAAUUCUGGAAUAGUAAUAAGCCGAUUUUUAAGUGGCAGCACAAAAGUGAAUUGCUGAAAACAACUUGUAUGCUUAUUCUUACGAGAAGAAAACUUAAAUGCUAUUUUUUGCAAAUUUAAUGGAAACCAUCGAAUUAACGGAGAAGCAGAAAUACUUAAGAGCUGCCUAUCAAUGCCAAAUCGAUCUGAAAUAAUGAGCAUAGGCAUCGAUGAAGAAGGAAUUUCCCCAUUAAUGCGAUACUUUGUUAACUAUUUGUCUGCAUUUGCCAACAUAUUAAGAGCCCCAUAUGAAAGUAGAAUAACAGCUUUUAAAGAGACUAUUGAAAUUCUUGGAGAAUCAAGAUUUAUUGUCUUAGAAAUAAUAGCUACUGCUUUUGAUGCUCAAUCUGGGUAUAUUACUUUAGGGCUGAUUAACCAAGAAAUCCUUGAUUUAUUUAUCGAAAUAUUUUUUAGGUUUGAAUGAAACUCGAUGCUUCAUAAUUUAUUUUAUAAUACUGUUCAAUCAAUAAUGAACAUGAGCUCUUUAGAAGCAGCUAAAUAUUUGCUGAAUAAUACAAAAUUAAUAGAAUUUAUGGAGACAGCAGGAAUCUUACUCCCCCCUCCGUGAGUGAACAAAAAAAUUUUGUUCACUCACGGAGGGGGUUAAUUUUUUUUUAAAAUAAAUUUUAUAUAGAAAAUAUUUUUUUUCGAAAUUUUAAAAAAAAUCUUAAUUUGCAAAAAUUGGAAAGCAAAUAUUAAUUUAAUUUAUAAAAUUUAUGUUUUAAAAAGCAAUUUGUUUAAAAUUAAACAGAAUUAGCUCGAGAUUUCAUUAUAAUAAUUAUCACUUAUAUAUCAAUUUUUUUUUUCCAUAAAAAAAUUUUUGUUCACUCACGGAGGGUGGGUUUUUUGGCAAAAAAUAGCGAUUUUUCUAAUGGUUUUAUUCACUCACGGAGGGGGGAGUUAGCAAUUACAGUGUCUAUUAGUAACCGGAAAGGCUUAUCUGGAUAUAUUACAAAAAUCGGAAAUUUGAUUGCAAAACAUAUGUCUCCUAUAAUUAAAGAAAUAAUUGAAAAUAAUCCUCUAUGGAAUAAUUUUGUGGAUAGCUAUUUAAAGCCGAUGAACCAAAUUCAAGAAGCAAAACCUAAUUUAGCACAAGCUCAAAAACGAUAUGACAUCAGUACUGCUGAAUUCAUGGAUUUAGAAGGAGUAGAGAAAAAUCCAAAAGAAGAAAACAAAGAAAAGCUUGAAAAAAUUGCGAAAACUUUAAAAAUCACAAAUCCUGCAUCCAAACCUACAGAUAGGAUUGUGGAGAGAUCACUUUUGACGAGAAAUAAACUCAUGAAUUUAGAUACAGAAAUAACAAGCCCAAGAAAAGGAUCUUCAGAGGUUUUGAGCACUGAAGCAAAUCGUGAUCCUGCUGAAGAGUAUAUUAGAAAUAUGCUGAAUACCCAAGAAAGUAAAACAAAUACAGAAGAUGAAAUGAAGGUAGAAAGCAAUGAAUCAUUGAGCACGAGUGAGCAAAACUAUGAGACUACUGAUGCAUUUGAAUAUAAUGAUAUUGAGUAUUGGAGAGUGCCUCCAGAUUAUCUUAAAAUUGGUGAACUUGAUUAA